CAACUUUCCUUUCAUUACCAGGCUGCCCAUUGCCCGCAGGUGGUACGUGUUGUUUUCUUCCAGAACUUGUUUUUAUGGUGUAUUUCUGGUCGAGGUUUCUUGUAUGAAUAGAAAAAGCGGAACCAACAGAAUACAACAAUGGCUCAACCUGUCUACGUCAUCGGUGUCGGCAUGACAAAAUUCUUAAAGCCAGGCACGAGCAAAAUAGACUACCCUGGCAUGGUAAAAGAAGCAGUUGUGGCUGCCCUCAGCGACUGCAGGGUACCUUACGAGAAAAUACAACAGGCAUGCGUGGGCUUUGUUUAUGGUGAUUCCACAUGUGGUCAGAGAGCUCUAUAUGAAGUCGGAAUGACUGGCAUUCCGAUUUACAACGUCAACAACAACUGCUCCACAGGAUCGUCAGCACUUCUGCUAGCCAACCAGCUCAUCAAAGGAGGACUAAAUGAUUGCGUUCUUGCAGUUGGCUUUGAGAAAAUGGAGAAAGGGUCAUUGACUUCCAAGUUCAGAGAUCGUGCAAAUCCUUUGGACAAGCAUAUGAAGGUACUUUCAAACAAUUGUCCAAUAGUUGCUGCGCCCAUGUCAGCUCAAAUGUUUGGAGCUGCAGGACAAGAACACAUGACGAAGUAUGGCACCACCAAAGAACACUUUGCCAAAAUCGCACAGAAGAACCACAGGCAUUCUGUCCACAACCAAAAUUCCCAAUCUAAUAGAGAAUAUUCAGUACAGGAAAUUCUAGACUCCCCAGUUGUUUACGGACCACUCACGCGUCUUCAGUGCUGCCCAACCUCUAAUGGUGCAGCGGCCGCCAUCCUUGCUUCCAAGCGUUUUGUAGAACAACACAACCUACAAAGCCAGGCCAUUGAGAUUGUCGGGAUGGAAAUGACCACAGAUCCACCAACGAGUCUGUCAGAAAACAGCUGCAUCAAAAUGGUUGGUUUUGACAUGACAAGAAAUGCAGCACAGAAGCUGUACAAUAAAACCAAAAUCACACCACAGGACAUCGAUGUCAUUGAACUGCACGACUGCUUUUCAACCAAUGAGCUCAUUACCUACGAAGCUUUAGGUCUAUGUGAGAUCGGUAAGGGAUCUGAAUUGGUAGAUGCUAACGAUAAUACUUACGGUGGAAAAUACGUGGUGAAUCCAAGUGGAGGACUGAUUUCCAAAGGACAUCCACUAGGUGCUACUGGACUAGCCCAAUGUGCUGAGCUAUGUUGGCAGCUAAGAGGUUCUGCAGGUUUAAGGCAAGUUCCAGGAGCAAAGAUAGCACUACAGCACAAUAUUGGACUUGGAGGGGCUGUAGUGGUUGCAUUAUAUAGGCAUGGUUAUCCGGAAUUAUCAGGACUAAAAUCUAAACUCUAAAAAAUUACUGGUAAGAUUGAUCAAUACAUUAUCUCAACACUAUCUAAGAUAUAGAAAAUAUCUCAGAAUGCAAAGCAUUAACCAAGAUAUAAAAAGAUGCAUUUAUCUUGUAUAGCGAAUGAUAUCAUACAAU